CCCACUAGGCACGCACGCAGACACCUAGAGGGGAAAUUAUCACAGGGUGUGCCAACGGCCAAAGCAAAAAGGGCGGCCAACAAAGACACACAUACAGUCAAUCAAAGCGACCCCUCAUCAAGCACACGGUCGAUUGGAGAGAGAGGAUGACAAGUGUGUCUAUGCGUGGAGACUCCUGCGUGGUGUGAGCAGUGAUUGAGCGUGCGUUGCUCGCUGGUCGUUGCCUUGGAUUGAUUUCAAGUAAUCAGCCGAGUUGCUUGCGAUCUUGAAAUGUUCACAUAUGUCUCGGGCAGACAGGACGGUCCGAGAUAGAUAUUCAUGAUAUGCAUGUACAAAUCAAGAUACACACACACAGCAGACCCCACCCACGCACAAACACAGAGAGACAGACAGAGACAGACAGAGACAGACAGACAGAGAGACAGCUGGUUGGUCACGCACAAACACUGGUUCGCCGCUGGCUGCCUGAAUGUCUGAAUGGCUGGACAAAUACAUACGACUCAUGUACACACACAUCUAUGUACGAGACGUUUGUAUGCUCAGACACUACACACACACGAUAGGAUACAUACACACCAAGACGUACACACAUUACACCCGGAGCCGCAAAUUACACCAAGCGUACAGGAAGAAACACAUCAAAAUUGAAUUCCGCUGACUGGAAGACAUGAAGCUUGCUUUCCUUCCCAUCACCCUGUUGGCGGCCUCAUCGGCCUAUGCUUCAUUCGCCCCCUCACCCACGCACAAACACAGAAAGAGCCACCAACCCACCAAUCAGUCAAGUCAGUUGUCUCCAGUAUCCUGUUUCAUGACGUAGCACCUGGACAGCCACACCUUGCUGACCUCCUUGAUGCGCUCGUGGUAGAGGUGGCAGUGGCCAUUGGGGUUGUUGAUCUCCCACUCAAACGCCGAACAACCCUUGUUGUGCUCCGACAACCCACCCGCCACAAACUGCUUCUGCCGCUCCACACAUAGAGACGCGCAGUCGGCUGCUGACACGGUCCGGCGCUUCGUCACGAUCGCACGGCCGCUCUUCGUGCCCGUCACACACUUGCCGCGGCCCAGCAACUCAAACCGACCGUGUACGAAACCAGCUGCACACAUGGAGACACACGUUACACACACGCUCCCCCUCUCUGUGUGUGUGUGCGUACUUGUCUUGCAGGGCGCGUUGGUCUUUCCCGGCUUGCACUCGGGUGCCGAAGCGAAUAUCUCGUUCUCGCAACACUGCUUAGCGCCGCCCGGCUUGCUGCCGCACUUUGCGCCUCCGCAUUGGCCGCCGCACAUGGACUCGCUGCAGCAUGCACCACUGGCGGCCGCCAAGACACCCGCCGAGUUGGCGCAUUCCAGCUGGUCAGGCAAGAGGCCCACACCUGAUUGAUACACAGACAUACGGACAGUGCACACGGGCGUGUCCAUGUCUGAUUACUUGUCUUUCGGUAGCAUCUGUGCCUUGCGUCUCCGUUGGACUUGGUGGGAUGUCCAAACAGCAUGUGGCACUGCUUGUGUGUGUGGAUAUCGGGGCUGUAUGAGAAGUCGAAGGCCAGGCAGCCCUCCGUGUCGUCGCACGCCUCACCACACCGCUCCAAAGACGACGCACCGAUCGCUCGCCUGUUCUUGGCCGCAGCAGGCCUCGCGAAGUCGCAUUGCCCGAUGCCGGCCAGCUCGUAGUUGUUCUUGUCAUCGGUGUCGAGCCGGGAAUCUGCACGAGAAACACCGACACACGUACACUGAUGUGUGACGGGGAAGGUGUGCGCAAUGUGCGCUCACCGGCAUUGCACGGCGCCUGUUUGUCUCGGUGGCACAUUUUGCCCGACUUGGCCGCGUGGGCGCUGUUGCACCUCUGGUCAGGAUUGUCGCUGCUGCACGUGGCGCAAUCCCCGGGACAGCACCCACCGUCACCGCUGGUGCUGGCCCGCCCCCUGAUGGCCGAGCACUGCAUCACGUGGUCCUUCUGGAAACACCGCUCACCCACCUCCCUCUUGACCUUAAAGGCAGGCGCCGUCUGGUUGACAUUGACGAACAGCCGGCAGUUCUGGGGGUUGGUCAGGGUGAUGUCGAACCCCUGACAAGUCGGCUCGGCCAGACACUUGCCGCUGCACUCUUCCAUGGACUUGACGUGCGAUGAGCUGGGGAGGGCCGAUUUGUCUUGUGAGUCGGUGCACACGCCCUCGCCGAGGAGGGAGAAGCCGUCGGGGCGGCAGAGGCUCGUCUCCAGGUGGGGCAGUUGGCCGAUCCGCCCCUUCUGCCCAUACCGCAUGCCGUACCCCACGUGGAAGCCCGUUUGGCCGUUUCGCACCUCGGUGAGCCGCUGACACGCACUCAGUGGCCAGGCGAUGGGCAGGGUGCCGUGAAAAUCAUGCUCGCCAAAGAGCACGUCGGCGAUAGCCCCGCCCUGCGGCCCCGGCAGCCAUGCCACGACGAAUGCGUCAGACAGGUUGAUCUCUCUUGUGGUGUCGAGUGGCCGGCCGGUGAGGGCGAUGAUUGUGAGGGAGAAGGCCUCGUUGGCUGGCAUUUUGCUGCGGAUCGUGUGGAGCUUGUCGAGGAUGGCGCGGUCGGUCCCGGCCCUCUGCAUCCCGUCGCGCACAAGCCUCACUGGUGCGGGGUAGAGGAUGUCGCUGAGAGAGAGGCAAGGAAAGGAAGAAGGAAUGGGCAAUUCAUGGGCGUGUUGGCGGCUGGCUGCCUGCCUCACCCAAAGUACUCGGCGUAUGCUGCAGCAGCAGCAGCAGGAGAAUCACAGGGGGGAAAUACGCAAUCGGUUGUUUGGUUGUUUUGAAUCAGGCUUACUUUCCUCGGCAAGGCACAUGAUGGCGGCAUCGAAAGGGCCCUGCUCAUUAAAGGCCUUGGUGACGUCUGCCGACGUGCCGGCGAAAAUCGCCUUGCCGCCUCUCUUAGACACAAUACCUUUCACACCUGCGCACACAGACAAGUGAGCAGUAUGAACGGUCGCUGCCCUUGUGUCACCGCCCACCCACCCCCCCACCGACCGCCAAAAAUGGUGUGUGCCUUGCUGCCGAAGCCCUCGUUGCCGAUGCCUCUGGGCCCCUGCCACUUGACCGUCCACCCUCCACUCUGGUGCUCUAUCGAGUCGCACCCGUGGCCGGCCACCAACACCCGGCUGUCAUUCCGCAGCGGCAGGGCAGACCCACCAGCGCCCCCACGCUCGUUCUUCAGCAGCACCAGCGACUUGCGCACGGCCUCGCGAGCCACGUUGCGAUGAGCGGGGCCGCCCAUAUUCUCGCCAAGAGCCCGCACACGCGGUGGUGGGCGGACGGGCAGCUUGAUGGGUGCAUCUUCGGGCAGGAAGAUGAGGCCCAGGAGCGACUUGACGCGGAGGAUGCGCUUGACGGCGUCGUGUAUGCGUUGCUUUGGAAUUUCUCCCCUCUUGAUGGCCUGGAGUGUGUUGGUGUGGAAGUUCCUCCAGAUGCCCCUGUCUGGUGCCAUGAACAUGUCGACGCCCGCGUUGACGGCGGCGUUGCAGUGGGUCAGCUCACACGACUCUAUGGACUCCCAGCCGUACCUGCAUGGACGGACAACAGACACACUAGACCUCUGUGUGUGUGUUUGGGAGGAGGAAUCCGUCCUAGCCGACCAGUCAGUAACGACGAGCCCCAUGAAGUUCAUUUGUGUCUUGAGGACGUCGGUGACCAGGUACUUGUGGCUCGUCAGGUGGUGUGACAUCCACUCGUUGAACCCCACCAUCACCGAUAACGCACCCGCAUUCAACGCGCCGUAGAAACCUGCACGAAGACACAACAGACACACGACACAAUCACAGUCCGUUCUGUUGACAGCCAUCCAGCCAGCCAGCCAGGGGCCAAUGCAUACACACAUACCUCUAGCAUGGACGUCGUGCAGCCGUUGUUCUGCAGCAACCAUCACACCCGGCUCGCUCCCAUGUGGACGUGACAACAGCACUUCCCUCUCUUCUUCUUUUCCAUUCACGUACCCGAUAUUAGUGCGUUUCCCUGGUCCUCGCCUCUGUCGGUCUCCCCUUCACCGAUCCAGUGUUUGGCCGUGGCCAGAAUCCGCCCACCGCUCCCGUUAAGGAAGGCGUCAGGCACCAGAGGAGACCCCUGCACCCCCUUGAUGAACGCCUGGCUGUGGUUGGCCACACGAUUGGGGUCCUGACCGAAGGUCUCGUACACACGGCCCUGGAUGGACGACACGCAUGCGCACGGAGGCAACGAGCGAUGAGGGCGGCUCUGUCCGUGGCUGUGUAGAUGAAGUGGGACGUACCCAUCUGUUUGCUUCGUCCUGUGUGACGGCGAGCAUGGGAGCAAACACCCAGUCGAUGCCCGUGCGGGACAUCUCCUGACCUGAACGCACAACAAAUCGUCCACAGACAACCACAGUCUCUUGUUGGCAUCGAUGGUUCUUUUCUUUCACUCACCGGUGAUCCUCCCCACUGUCUCGGUGAGUUUGGGGUCGUUUGCAGCCGACAUGCCGAUCAUGUGUGGGAAGAUGGUGGCAGUGGAGAUGAUGGCGUGCCCGUGGUUGCCGUCGAUCGCCCAAGGCGCCCCAAUCUUGAUGGUCAUCCUCCUGUCGCCCACCUUGACGUUGGCCACACUAAGCCUCGCCUCCCUGUAGAAGCGGUCCGCCACCUUCCGCCAUGUCUUAGGCUCGUUGGUCACCCCAAUCUCGUUGCCGGCGGUGUGCAAGAGGGCCCCCAGGCCCUUCUCGCGUACGUCGCUAGGUGUGCUCUCUGAGCCGAUCUGUGCCAUGAUCAUCUGGCCGACUUGCUUGUCGAUGGGCAUGGCUUCGACAAUGGCGUCGAGCAGGGAGUCAAUGCCAGCCGCGCUGUCGCCGCGGAGGGACCCUGUGCGCUUCAUGGGAAGCUUGAGCAGCUCCCCCGUCACCUUGGGGCUCAGAGGGGCCCAGUGAACUGACACACAAAGAAAGCAGACAGAGUGUGCAAAGGUGCCGUGACGGGUCGAUAGUCUGACUGACCUCUGUUUUCCUGCAGGCUGUCCGCCAUGGGAUCGCUGGAGUUGCCUGGCACACACACACACCCCUCCGCACACACUCACGGGCGCUGCGGUGCGUAUUGCACUGCUUUCUGCGUCCUCCCACCUUCUGCUGUUGCGGUGUUGCUGUCGGGUAUGUACACAGCCGUCAAGAGAAGUACACAUACAAAAGUAUAAAGCCUACUUACUCUUCCCGUAUACAAGCAUUUCAGGCAGCCUGUGGCCAUCUCACUGACAGGCACAAACAGCGACGAAAAAACGCCCCUCAGUCACACGACCAACGAGGGGUGCGGGCGACGAACAGAGCAUCCAGGGGUGGUGCUGAAACGUGGCCUUCAAAAAGAAAAAAGGCCCGGCACCACUCCCU